ACACGGAGGGCCCGGGUUCGAUUCCCGGCGGGUGGAAACAUUUCGACACGUUUCCUUACACCUGUUAUCCUGUUCACCUAGCAGCAAAUAGGUACCUGGGUGUUAGUCGACUGGUGUGGGUCGCAUCCUGGGGGACAAGAUUGAGGACCCCAAUGGAAAUAAGUUAGACAGUCCUCGAUGACGCACUGACUUUCUUGGGUUAUCCUGGGUGGCUAACCCUACGGGGUUAAAAAUCCGAACGAAAUCUUAUCUUAUCUUAUCUUAACGUUGGCGAACUCGGAUCGCGGGCGAAGCUGAGACGCGGACGAAGCCGGGAUUCGGGUGGUGAUUGUGUGCGGCUCCUCCACCCGAGUGUACUCUUUCUGUCCAACAAUAACAACAACACAUUUUGCAACAUUUUCCUUCACACUUCAACAACUGCAGCAGUCAUCAGGAGAAGGAAAAGAAAACUUCGUCUGUGUCGUGAAGACAAGAAAAAGUUUACUCGCCAGCAGAUACAUAUAAUAAGAUACACAGAAGUUGAUCCUCUUUACUUAUACUGAAGAAUCUCAUUCACGAUAUUUUAUACCUGUCGAGUUUUUUUUUCAGGUUUAUGAAGUGAUUGAUGAGUCGAGAAGUGAAAUAAAACACAUUCAUCUGAAGGGAAAUGCUAUAACAUUGUAUAGCUAUAUAACGUUAGUGUGGCUUAGAAUUAUUACCUGGCUUAUUCCACCAAGAGAAACUUAUUGUUUGACACAUGCUUUUAUGUGAUGGCUGAUGAACUGUUUAGUUUAGGCUUAUUAGAUGACCAAGAAUAUCAUAGCAUCUUGAAGAAAAUACUAAAUGGCGCUCAGUUUUCAGUUAGUUCUUGUGAGUUACUCAGGAAAAUUGUUGAAGCCAAGGAAAGCUUCAGGAAAACAUCUGCUGUUUCAGAUGGAACACUGCAUAGUGUAUAUAGGGAAUUACUCCAGCAGUGCUUGUUACCUCGUUUGAAUAUGAUUAUUGAAAAGUACUCCGUGUCCACCAUGUCCAGUAGUAACCUGGACAUGCCUCCACAAGCUAGUGAGGCAGAGACUACCAUAAUUAACCUGCUAACAAAGAAUGAUCAGCAUCUCAAGGAUGAUAAUGCCCAGGAAUACCACGAGGGAUCACCUGUUACUUAUAAAACUGAUGAACUGAUGUUGGCUUCAAAGUUGUCGUGGUUGAUUGUUGAGUUUCUGAAAAUAAUCUCAUUUACAUCUCAAUCACAAUUAUCAAUUGAUGUUUCAUCUAAAAAUGUUGAAGCUCAUAAUUCACAUUAUGUAAAUCAGAAUGAUUUAAUUCCAUUUAUAAAUUUAUUUGACAAUAUAGCAAAAAACAUUACUGUUCAUUAUAUUGACACAAUGGUAGAUGAAGACCGCCAUAAAGUUAAGAUACUUUCAUUGAUAUUCACCAACCUGUUAAAGGAUGACUGGUGCAUGCAACACGGUGUGCUUCUGCAACCCAUCAAGACCGUCAUCCGGGUUACAUUGAAAAUGAUUGAAAUGUCUCAUGAUACUAACAUUACAGCUUUACUUCUCACAUUGAUUAUACAACCAUAUUUGGAUGUAACGAGUGAGGAUAAGAGUGAAACUCUUCAGAAACUGUGGGACAUUGUUAAAAAAUUUUAUAGAAUUAAUGGAGACUUUGUUAUAUUGGAGAAAAAUGCUACAGGCUUCUUCAUUUUGUGCUUCAUAGCUGGAUAUAUGUUUGAAGGAGGAUGUUUAUAUCACAUAGGAAACGAUAGUGCCUUGUGGAAGAUUAUUCAGUAUGGCCUUGUUCACACUAACCCACUGUCAAGAAAGAGGUGUCAGUAUAUCCUCAAAAGAUUUGUGGAUCAUUAUUCCUCUUCACUAUCAGUGAAAGAAUUCAAGUCUGAAUAUUUGUGUUGGCCAGAGAAUGAAAAAAGAGAAUUCGUGAAACUUUGGAAUGAUUUUUUUCUUGUUGUUGAGACACUAGAGGAAAAGCAAGCACAUGUUGUAAAACCAGUCUUGGAAAAGUUGGAUAAUCUAAUUCAUGUAUGCUGUAGGAAUGGAAAAUUGUUCCAUGUUUCGUGGACACUUGUGAUCUUCAAAAGAAUCUUUGACCAAGAUAAUAAAAAUAUAAAGCAAUGGGGAGUAAUGAAAAUGUUGCAGUUAAAGUUUCCACAGGAGGUACUAAUGAAGGGGGUUCUUUCCUUUAUAACUUUACAUCUACUUUCUGCACUAAGUGACUAUAGCCUUUAUUCCCGUGACUCGAGUCAGCAGCCAAGAACUGUUUCUGGUGUGGGUGAUCAGAUUGGGAUUUUUUUGGCAAUAGUCAUUGGCACACUUGAUUUCACUGUCCAGAAAAAUUUCAUGUGUAUACUAAUAGAAAAAAUUUUUGAUGGAAGAUCAUGGGGUGCAAUCCCCUUAUUUUAUUUAAUCCGAGGCUUAGCUCUAAUGCCAAAAACUGCUGUAUGGAAUUUUAAAGUUGUUAAAAGUGCAGUUGCAAAUUUUGAAGGAUGCCUCAGUACACAAGAAAUAGUGUUACGGUCAUCUAGCCAGUGUGAUCUUUUAAAGGCAAUUUUCAAGCAUUUGGUCCCUGUCACUACUUUCCUGGAAAUAUGUGACAUUGUUGGGCAUUUUAGGAGGAAGGAAAGUUGGUGUCGAGGUACAGUUCUCUGGAAAGCUAUUGUUAAAGAUCUAGGCACUUUUCAAGAAACUUGGCAAAAUAGAUUUUCCUCAAUUCAGUGUGCCAUUGAACGAUUCCUCAAUACUUCCGAAACCAUAAACCCUGUUAAUAUUGCUUUAGGAAUAAAUUUGCUUCUUGAAAACAUUUCAAGGUUUGAUAAUGUAUCAGAAAAAAAUUCAAAUAUUCUAGCCUUAUUAUCUCCAGUUAAUGACUUUUUUAGAGACUGUUAUCUUCGGCCAUAUUUGGAUCAAAAGAAGUUCAUAUGGGCCCUGGAGCUGAUAAAUGAGACAUUAGAAAUCUUUUGUGACAAAAUACCUUCUGAAUGUUUUCAAAAAUCAGAUGAACUGGGUCAACAUCUGUCGUGCUUGACCGAGGGGAUUGAUAGUGUAGCGCAACUGUUUGUCUUAGAGAUCAAAAAGUUUGACCAGCCAUAUGAUUUUGAAGUAAUCUCUCACUGUCUACAACUAUUUACUCAUUGUAGUAACUUAGAAACCUUGAAACACAUACCAAGAACACAGUAUCCUCUGUUGCUUGAUUCGUGUUUUGAGCUUUUACAUCAAGAUAACAGUGUUAAAGUCUCUUUUGGAACCCUUGUACUAGAGCAUCUGGUAGCACAUUAUUAUGAAAGUGCAAUAUAUGAUGACAAAAUCAGAAUAGGGAAGUUAGUCCAUUUCAAGAUUGUUUGCUACUUAGAAAAUGGAACUCAGAGAAAACAUAUUGAGGGGUGUUCCACAGAUUAUGCAACGAAGCUGUGUGUGGAAACUACUCGAAGUCAUUGGAGCUGUGUGCAUCUACUUUUGUGCAAGAAUAUAUCAUUGAAGACUGAAAUGUUUACAGUGUGGAAUGAGUUACAGAACAACACAAUAGAUGCCCUAAUAGAUGCUGUGAUCUCUGCUGGAAGGAUCAGUGUGCUGUACGUGUUUCGUGUGGCAGUUACUUUAGCAUCGUCAAUAAUCUUGAGUGGAACAUGGCAAGAGCUGCUGAAGGUGAUGUGGGUGUCAUCUCGGGAGUACAGGAAGGGCUGUAACCUUUACCGGUCGCUGGUUGGCUGUGUGGCAGAGCUCUUGUUCCACAGAGAUGCACUGCUCAACAUGGAUUAUCAUGGAUUCAUUACUCAGAUGUCAAAGGAAAUGCUGGUUGCUGGAGAAGGUGUACAGGGCAUUGCUGCCCACGUGUCACAGAGUUUAGUAACUACACUAGCAAGAGAAAACAUCAGGAACAACUUGGAUCCCAAGUCUUGUGUUCAUCUAGUUCAAGAAGUUCUUGUUCCCUUACUCAUGUUUGGAAGUGUCUUCCGGAAGCAGUAUAAAGUUGUCCAGGACACUACAGCCUUCAUUAAGGAAUGUGGUCACUUAUACAGCACUAAUUCCCUUAUUGAAAGGUAAAUUACUGUGGUUGUCUUGUGUAUAUUAUAGAAUAUUUUCCUAGAAUCUAAGAAAAGUUAACUAGUUUUAACCCUGUCAAUGUCCAGAUCCACAAUUUAAAAUUUGUUCUCAAUGUCCAAAAUUUAAAAA